GCCUGCCUUCCCAACCUGGUGUGCACGCUUGUCUCCGUCGCACUAGCGCUGCGCCCCCUGCCCACCGCCUGCCCUCCCAACCUGGCGAGCGCGCCCGUCUCCGUCGCACUGGGUGCCAUGUCGCUUCCCUGCUGCGCGCCCUUCCCGUGCCCUGCAAGUCGACUCGCGCCGCCUGACCUCCCACUCCACCUAGCGAUCGUGCCCGCCCGUUUCUGGCCAACAAUCAGGCGCCCGAUGCUCUCCCAGCCACCAAUUGCUCCAGAAACGGCACCACCUGUCCAAGCAUUCAUCUGCCAUCAUUGCUCUGGAUUCAGUCAGCUGAGACGCCAUCUUCUUCGUCCUUUAAAACCCUGUCCGUACUACCUGCUUGAGUCGCCAUCUCUAGCACCAGCCUUUGCUCUGGCAGGGUUCGCUUCGGUUCUCCUUGCUGCUGGCUGAAAUUGGGAGGUGGCUGUCAUCGGCUCAUCGGUUUUGAUUCGAUUUUGCACACUACACGCUGGGGCAGCUGGACCUGCUUGCCUAGGUUUCCCAUAAGCUAUGUCAUAAGAAAGAUCUUCUCGGCUGACAAUGGACAAAUGCUGCCCUCCAUAGAGUCAUCUUCAAGCAAGGAACUAAUUACCACUCCAUCUUCAUCCAUGAGUACCCAGAGUCCAAUUGUCUAUGCACAAGAUGAAUCCAGCAAUAAUACACCUCCCGUUCCCCAACUUGCAGCUACUGACACCGACAAAGACAAUCUCAUUAAGUCUGCAGCAAAACGAAGCAUUCAGUUUACGGAACAUGAUCUGAUGAACAAAGGAAGUGAAAAUGAGGUGGAGCUUACAUAUGGAACAAAGGUUCAGGAUGUCAAACGGAAUAAGCAUGAGACAUAUCAACCAUGCAGGAAGCAACAUCGGAAGUCACAGCUGCACUGCCUUCUACCUAAAAUUAGUUAUAGUGUUGCUGUUAUUGUGUUGCUUGAGUCAAAAUUAUAGGUCACCAUUGACCACCUUUAAUUGUAAUCAAUCAGACCUCUUAUUAAUACUGUUUGAUGUUGGUCCAAUGCAUGUAUAUGCAUCUAUCUGAGUGAAUAAAAUAUCUGCCCUUUCUUCUCAGCUU